AUGGACAUGGAGCGCGUCGAGGCACGGCGACCAAGCAACAGGCCAGUGGUCGCCUGGUGGCCAGUGGUGCAAAUCGAAAUCGACAGAAGCGACAGGCACCAUGAUGAGCCUGCACCGCAGCGCGAGCACUGUGUAUGGUCGUCGCGCAUCCGCACCUCCCGCACCUCUCUGGCUGCCGUCGAGUCGAUCGAUGCGUCUUCUACCGUCGACGCUCCCCAGUCUGUCUGCCCUGUGCGUCGCAGACUCGGAGACUCGCAGGGCCUGCCUCUGCCUGGUUGGGUGCGCGUCCUCGGCCACUCCCCCCUCCCCAGGGCUCCAGGUGCUGUCUGGCGUCUCUCGCCUCCCCUCGCUGCCCCAAACAGCCAGCACUGA